AUGCAAAACCGAAAGAACGAGCAACUUGGGAGAGGGGAGGAGUGGAUACCACCGAUAAAAGGCGAGCUGAAAUUGAACGGGGAUGGGUCUUGGAGUUGCGCCUCAAAACAGGGCGCGGUUGCAGGGAUUUGCAGAGACCAUCACGGGCGUCUUGUGGAUGGAUUCGCCAAGAAAAUCCUCGCACCAUCUGCCCUUGUCGUAGAAACCCUAGCUCUAAAGGAAGGGCUGCACUUCGUGGAGGAGACACGCACGAGUGCCCUUCAGUUCAACGAACAGGGGAGACCAACUAAAGUAUUUCCUGUUCAGAUCAUCACAGACAACUCAACAGCAGCAGAAGCUAUCCUGGGCUGGGCCGAAAUACCUUGGGCUGUUCAAUCGGUGGUGGCAGAGUGUAAACAAAAGUUGGGUUCAUUAGCUGCAGUGUCCAUGGGCUUCAAUCCGCGAGAAACGAACCGGGCAGCGGAUUGGAUCGUGAAGGUGUGCCGCGAUGAUUCCCUUGCGCCGAACUGGUUGUCUUAUCCUCCUCACUGUCUUACGUCUAUCUUGUGUUUGGGCUUGGGUAAAAGUCCUUGUUUUGUUCCCAGGACGUAA